GUCCAAAUUUCUAUUCAAUAUAUCCAUGCACAUUAUAACUUCCUUUGAUCCUACUUUUGCACUUAUAAUAUCAAAAUCCUCCAACAACAACACAAAAAUCCCUCAACAUGUCAAAAAUUACUUAUACACAAAAUGAGUCCAAUAUAGCUAUGAUACAAGACUUCUACAAUGCACUUACAAAAGGAGAUGGAGAAUGUGUCACAAAACACUUAGCAAGUGACUUGGAGUGGUGGUUUCAUGGGCCGCCUCAAUGCCAACACAUGAGGCGUGUGUUGACUGGUGAGUCGGCCACGCCCGAGUUUCAAUUCGAGCCCCGGUCCAUCAUGACCCUCGAUGAAGACCGGGUCAUCGCCGAGGGGUGGGAAGGAACCCACUCUUAUUGGGUCCAUGUUUGGACCCUAAAAGGUGGGCUCAUCACACAAUUUAGAGAAUACUUUAAUACAUGGCUCACAGUAAAAGACCUUAGGCCCCAUAAAAGUGGGUGGAAAAUUAGGCCAGUGAACCAGAAAGAGACCCUUUGGCAGAGCCAAAUGUUUGGGCGUAGUGGUACUCGGUCCAUGCCUGGACUUGUGCUUGCUAUUUGAUCUUUUAAUUAAGUUCUUAGCUUAUUUUAAUGUAACAUAAGCUUGUUAAUUAGCUGUCUAUUUUGGCUGUGAAUAUAUUUUCUUAUGAUGUGAAUGAAUAAACUACCUGUUACUUUUUUAGCGUUUAAUAUGGUAUAACA